CCGCUAUCUGUGUGAUGCCCGAUUCAUGAACGGAGUCUGAUACAGUUUUACGGAGUGAAGCUUAGAAAUGAGAGUAAUUAUUUAUGUAGUUCCGAAUACAUUAUGACACAUAUUUUCCCCAUUCGCUCCAAAUGAACGCAUUCUCGUGUACACGCACGGUCGUACCUCUCAUCGUACAUUAUUAGAAGUCUAAAUUAUACAGAGUAAAUACGUUCCAGCACGUGACACGCCUCCAUAGCGUUCAGAACGCGGCAACUUCUGGGCUCACUGCAGCGGCACGUCUCGACCGGAAAGACCUGGAGGAGCAGCGACCAGCUCAACUUAGACCCCGCUGGCUGUAGUUAUUUUUUUACGACUACUGUAUCUGUUUACUGUGUUAUUGUUAGUUAAUUUUUAAUUUAAGGUAUCGGCGUCGGUGACAUUUCCAGCGGAACAGGCAGUCUGUGACACCGAUAGGCUGCUGUUUUUUUUUUUUUUUCUGUCCGCCUGCUCGAGCAGCUACUGCUUGCAGAGGUGGUCUCUCGGUCGUUGAGAGGAGCUCAGCUGCGCGUUUCUUCAUGCACAGUCACACAGAAAGCAUCGCAGAGAGAUCGCUCUUGGUACAUCGCUUCCUUGGGAAUAAAGGAGAGACCAUGGAAAGGCAUUAUCUGUGACUGCGCCUAGGCUUUUGUCCGAAAUCUUAAGGGCGUGAUCAACAUUCGUUCCGAACUUGUUGCUGGUGCCGUCCUCGCAGUUCUGGGAGAAUUUAACAGGUACCUAGGAUAAAAGUGCUGAUUACAGCUUUCGGCAAAGAGGGAAUCUCUCUGGAAGAGUGUGAAACAUAGCAAAAAAAACUACAUGCAUCUGCUUUAAACCAGCCAUACGUGGAGAUGUCCGUUCGUCGCUACGCGGUAGUUCAAUAAUUGCCAAAGGGGGGGGACUCGAGCCUGCUUCAGCUGGACCAAGUUGCGAAGAGCGGGUCGGCAUGGCUGCGGGAGUAGCGGCUUGGCUUCCGUUCGCCCGCGCGGCGGCCAUAGGAUGGAUGCCCGUGGCGAGCGCCCCUAUGCCCGCGCCCCCGCGGGACAAGAGGAGAACGCAGGACGGACUCAUCAUCCUCAACGUCAGCGGCACCAAGUUUCAGACCUGGCGGAACACUUUGGAGAGGUACCCGGACACCUUGCUGGGGAGCACGGAGCGAGACUUCUUUUUCCACGAAGAAACUAACGAGUAUUUUUUCGACCGAGACCCCGACAUAUUCCGACACAUCCUUAAUUUUUACCGCACCGGAAAGCUUCACUACCCGCGCCACGAGUGCAUAUCUGCCUACGACGAAGAGCUGGCGUUCUUUGGGAUAAUACCUGAGAUUAUUGGGGACUGUUGCUACGAAGAGUACAAAGACCGCCGGCGAGAGAACGCCGAACGAAUCCAAGAUGACGAAGAGAAUGAAACCAACAAUGAUUUGGCGCCCACCGACAUGACCAUCCGCGAGUCAAUGUGGCGGGCUUUCGAAAACCCGCACACCAGCACGAUGGCGCUGGUGUUCUAUUACGUCACUGGCUUCUUCAUCGCCGUUUCCGUCAUGGCCAACGUGGUGGAGACCGUGCCCUGCGGGACUUCGCGAUACAAAGAGGUGUCCUGUGGCGAGCGCUACGCCUUGGCCUUUUUCUGCUUGGAUACGGCCUGCGUCAUGAUCUUCACCGUCGAGUACUUGUUGCGUCUGGUGGCAGCGCCAAGCAGGUACAAGUUUGUCAAAAGUGUGAUGAGCAUCAUCGACGUGGUUGCGAUCAUGCCCUACUACAUAGGGUUAGUCAUGACGGACAACGAAGACGUGAGUGGGGCGUUUGUCACCCUGAGGGUCUUCCGCGUGUUCCGGAUUUUUAAAUUUUCCCGCCAUUCCGCGGGGCUGCGCAUCCUCGGCUACACUCUGAAGAGCUGCGCCUCUGAGCUGGGAUUCUUGCUCUUCUCGCUAACGAUGGCCAUCAUCAUUUUCGCCACGGUGAUGUUCUAUGCGGAGAAAGGAUCUUCGGCCAGCAAGUUUACCAGUAUCCCGGCGGCAUUCUGGUACACCAUCGUCACCAUGACAACGCUGGGGUACGGUGACAUGGUCCCCAAAACCAUCGUGGGGAAGAUUUUUGGGUCCAUCUGCUCCCUGAGCGGCGUCCUGGUCAUCGCCCUGCCUGUCCCCGUCAUCGUGUCCAACUUCAGCCGGAUCUAUCACCAGAGCCAGCGUGCGGAGAAGCGCCGGGCCCAGAAGAAAACGAGGCUUGCUAGAAUUCGCGCGACGAAGAGAGGGGGCACUAACGCCUAUUUGCAGUACAAACGCAAUGGGCUCCUGAGCGACUCACUGGAGGAGGCCUCAAAGGAAGCCGGCAAGGCCCAGGUCACCCGGAUCAACCCCACCUUCGAGACCCAACACCACCACCUGCUGCACUGCCUGGAGAAGACUACGAAUCACGAGUUUGUGGAUGAGAAGACGUACGAGGCGAGCUGCAUGGAGAUGUCGGCGGUGAACCAGGCGGCCUCGCGCUCCGCCUCCCUGACCUCCUCCUCCUCCUCCCAGCACGGGCUCUCCUCCUGCUGCUCGCGCCGCCACCGGAAGAGGAACCUCCACCUGCCCAACUCCACCCUGGCCGCCGGCCGCCACGGCAGCGUGCAGGAGCUCAGCACCAUCCACAUCCAGGAGAGGCCGCUGUCCAACAGCAGGUCCAGCCUGAACGCGAAGCUGGAGGAGACUGUGCCACUCAACUGUGACCCGCCCUACACCACGGCGGCCAUCAUCACCAUGCCAACCCCGCCCGUGACCACCCCCGAGGGUGACGAGUCCACCAGCUCCACCGAUUACUCGCAAAGCAACAUCGUCAGGGUGUCCGCGUUAUAGACCCCGCCUCCCUCAGAAGUGGCGGAUAGUAGGGAGAGGCAGCGCGCCCUGCUGGCGAGCGUAGGGACUGCGAGGGAGUCUGACCGGUUUUAUUUUCCAGCACUUAGCUCUGCAUACAUCAGUAUUUAGUGUAAACCUCUGAGCAGAGAAACGCUGACACCGUGGCCCUCCAGCCCUGCAGGGGGCGCCAGCUGGUGAGCACUGCAAGGCUUACAGCAUUGGAUCCCACACUUUUAGAGGAAAAAAUAUUUUUCUGGAUAUUGUGUGUCUCUCGAUAUGUUGUCUUUAUGAGGAGGAAUGGCCAUUUUUUUGUAAAAGACUG